AUGCUCAAACUCAGCAUUGUUAACUUUGUUCCAAACUCCACCAUCAUGGACUCGUCCUCAACUGACGCUGCAUCGUCUUCUCCUCUCCAAUCUUGCAGCCAAGCAGCUAAGAAGCACCACAACUCUUCUCGUCCCACCAUGGUGACCUACUUGACCGAUUUCACAUACCGUCCACAAACUCCAAGUCUCAACAAGUCCAUGUUCGAUGGUUCCAGUGAUCUUUCUCAUCUCUUUACCAAUUUGAAAAGACCUUUCAAAGUUCGAGUGUCCAAAAAUCAUGAUCAAUUAUUAUCUUCGUCAUCAGCAAAUAUUCCAUCGAACAGAGUGACAACAGAGAAAAUGAACACCGAAUCCAACAAUGGCAUGCAAUCAGAAAUGAUGCUCAGAAAAGGCAUUCAAAAACCAGUUCAAUUAUUACGUAAAUCGAAAUCAAAAUGUAAGAGAGCCAUUUCUUCGACUGCCUUGUGGUUCUCCUCCUCAAUGAAUCAUCAUGCCAUGUCUUCCGCUUGCUUGGAACAUCAACAACAACAACCACAUGCACCCAUGCAACCAUACAACAACAACCACCCAAACUGUGCUGGUUUUCACACCACAACCGAACCUUUUCCAAAUCUAGUCUCAACAAGUACAAAUAUGGUCACGCCCAACAAAUUUGAGCCAUUUACCCCUCAAACCAUUCACAUCAACAACAAUAAGGAGGUUUUGAACGUGCAGCCAAGAACCGAAGCGUGCUCUUCACCUCACCACUUGGUAACUUUAACACAUUCUACAAUGGUGCAUCAUUCCAAUGUUCCAACAAGGAAGGGAAGGACAUCAAUUUCCAUUCAAGAAUUGUUGAAUUAG